AUGAAAGGGAUUGUCUUCCGUUAUUGUAAAGUUCCGGACGCUCGGAGUUCGACGGGCAUCCGGUUCGAAGGACCAUAUGGAAGUACCUUUCGAAUCAGCGGAACGUGUCAGCAGAACGGAUCUCAAGAGGCAUCGACGCUGAAACUAUUCUCGCGUGUGACCUUUGGUGGAAAGGUCCACAGUGGCUGCAAACCGAACAAUCCUCCUGGCCUGUCAAACAGCACAAUCAAUCUUUCGAAACGCACUGAUCCUUCAUUCAUUGAUUUGUUCGUCGAACGAUUCUCAUCGUUCCAACACAUGCUACGGGUAACGGCAUUCUGUUUCCGGUAUAUUUCAAACUGUCGGACUAAAAGGACGAAGCAGCAGAAGUUGUUUGGCACUCUUUCAACGUCGGAAAUUCAAAAUGCAGAGUCAGCACUCAUUCGUCUUGUUCAACAUCAGGAAUUCCCCAACGAAGCAAGUGCUCUUCGUGACUCAAAGCCCAUUCCCGUUAAAUCCCGACUCCGGUGGUUUACUCCUUUCCUAGAUCAAGACGGAGUCAUGCGUGUGGGUGGCAGACUUGAUCGAGCAUCCUUGACAUACGACAGUAGACACCAAAUCCUCCUCCCGUAUCACCAUCGUUUUUCUGCUUUACUUGUCCAAUGCUAUCAUCAAAGAAAUCUUCAUGCGUCACCACAAUUACUCAUCGGACUACUUCGCCUUCGCUAUUGGAUAAUAGGGGCCAGAAAUCUGGCCAAAGUAGUCGUACAUCGCUGCACCAUUUGCUUCCGAGCUCGGCCAAAAUUGGUUGAGCAAUUUAUGGCUGAGCUGCCCAAGGAACGAAUCACAGCCACUCGUCCCUUCACGGUGACGGGGGUUGACUAUUGGGGCCCAAUUAUGCAGAAACAUCCGCAUCGUCGAGCAGCACCCACAAAGGCAUUUGUUGCAGUUUUUAUUUGCUUCUGCACCAAGGCUGUACACAUCGAAUUAGUAUUCGAUUUGACAACAGCCAAGUUUAUACAAGCAUUGCGACGCUUUGUAUCUCGCCGAGGCCCACCGUCGGACAUCUACUCCGAUAACGGACGGAACUUUCUCGGGGCUAAAAACGAGCUCAAUCGACUCAUCCGCCAGACUGAACAUGCGCAGAAGGUUGAACAGGAGUGUGCAGAUUGCCACAUUAGAUGGCACUUCAAUCCGCCCAGAGCAUCCCACUUUGGGGGGCUGUGGGAAUCGGCCAUCAAUUCCGCCCAGAAACACUUUGUCCGCAUCGUUCGCAACCAUUCAUUCUACUUCGACGACAUGCAGACACUCUUGAACCAAAUCGAAUGCUGCCUUAACUCCCGGCCUCUUGUUCCCGUAAGCGAUGAUCCGACUGAUUUUGAGCCACUCACGCCCGGACAUUUCCUCGUUGGGACUUCAUUGAAGGCUGUUCCCGACGAAGAUCUGAGCGAAAUACCAUUCAAUCAUCUGAGGAAGUGGCAACAAGUCCAAAAAUUAUUCCAGGAUCUGUGGCGACGAUGGCACCUGGAAUACUUAACGAAAUUACAAUCACGAAGCAAAUGGGUGCACUCACCUGUAAUUAUCAAAGAAAACCAGCUGGUUCUCUUGAAGGAGGAAAACAUCCCACCAAUGCGUUGGCCGACAGCAAGAGUGAUUCAGACACAUCCUGGCGGAGACGGAAUUGUUCGAGUAGUGACUUUGCGAACACCGAAGGGCUCCUGUACAAGACCGGUGUCAAAAAUCUGCCUGCUGCCGAUUGCAUCAUCGUCGGAGGAAUCAAGUAAAACAACCGGCGAUGAACAACCAACAUCAGACAAGAUUUCCUCUUGA